GCAGACCGGUUUUUACUCUUCGGAAGUUACUGGUCUGACACGAAGUGGCCGAUAUGCUGCUCAUCGACGUUUCCACGUUGCACUGACAUAAGCACGUAUCUUCCUGAUGGCUUAAUCUAGGCAUUCCACGAUCUGUACUGCGAUGGGAUGUUUAGUCGUUCCCAUGCCUAUGUCGCUGAACGUGUUCGUCACCUUGCUGGCAGUACUGGCCGGCUACACUUUGCCGAUGACGGGAGUUUUUCUCCGCCCGAAUUCAGAUGAAUUCAUUCUGGGUAGUGCCGUGGAGAAGGGCGGAUCAUACACCGGUCGCGACCCACAAAAGCGCUUAUGCCACAGCUACGUCUUGCCAGCGUGCAACGACGAAUGGGAACGCUGCGGCUGCGACAAGCGGGAGUACAAUGUCAGCGCCAUUUCGCGCGCGGUGCAGUUCGUCAAGAUCGGAGGGUGGGACCGCGUGUGCGGCGGUAGUUGCAUGCUCAGCAGUUACCUACCGUUGCCGCAUCUGCCCAAUUUGACCAGCAUCUGGAUCUUCGAUGUGUGGGUGGCGCCGGACGAUCAGCCGUUCCCGCUCGGCCGCUUCCUUGUCAACGUUAGACGCAGCGUAACAGAGAUGCGCCUUGCCGGCAUCCACCUUCCCACACUGACGCGGGACACCUUCGCGGGCUUCGCGGCAUUGACGGUAUUGGAGCUUCUGGCCGACCGUGUAUCGGCGAUUUCACUCGACGCUUUUGUCCCGCUGAUGACGCUGCAGGGUCAAGCGUCUCCCUCGAAGUUAACCCGUGUCACCAUUGCCGGAGGAAAUUUCACCAAAUUCGAUUGGUCAGUGUUUGCACCGGUGGGGGAAACGUUGAAGACGGCGUCCUUGACACGGAGCGGCAUUGAGGAAAUUUACUUAAGUCAGUUCUCUGCAAUGUCUGCAGUGGAAACUGUCUCACUGGCGGGCAACCGUCUGACGCGCAUCGACGACAGCCUCCUGUCCAGCGUGUCCACGCCCUGGGUGCGGCCGUAUUUAGACCUCCAAUCCAUUGUGGGGCAACGAUGCCGACUGUCGCUGCCCUGGCCUGCGUAAUCUGUGGCAGUGGUUCGGGAAGCCGCCGCGUCGCUAUAUACCAAUCAUGCCGUGCUGCUCUGUCUACGACGGUUUAACCUGUGAUAACUACACCGCGGAGACGGCCACGCCUAGCUGGAGAAACCCGUCAACCGUGGUGACCGGCACCGCAAGAGGAAAGCAUUUCCAAGGACAAGCGGUAACCGAUCUGGCUGCUGCUAGACUGGGCCACAAAAAAGCGCUAAAUCAGCAGCUUGUCUCCGCAAACGUGAAAACGUGAUCUGAUUUCAUGUACAACCAGCUGGGCAACCCGAAC